AUGUUUGGGAAGCCAGACAAAAUGGACGUUAGGUGCAAUCCCGAGCUGGAAGGCGCCCGGGUCUCCAAGAACGGGCCUAAAGAGGGCAAGGACGGCAAGGGAUGCGAAGGGACUAUUCCGGCGGCUUUCUUGAAGGACCCGCAGGGGACUUUCCCAGCCUCCGGCGCCUCGGAAGACUGCAGCAAAAGUAAAGCGAGUCCCGCCGACCCGGAUUAUUGCAGGAGAAUCCUCGUCCGAGAUGCCAAAGGCUCGAUCCGCGAGAUCAUCCUCCCCAAGGGGCUGGACCUGGACCGGCCCAAGAGGACCCGCACCUCCUUCACCGCCGAGCAGCUCUACCGGCUGGAGAUGGAGUUCCAGAGAUGCCAGUACGUGGUCGGGCGGGAAAGGACCGAGCUGGCCCGGCAGCUCAACCUCUCCGAGACUCAGGUCAAAGUCUGGUUCCAGAACCGGCGCACCAAGCAGAAGAAGGACCAAGGCAAAGACUCGGAGCUGAAGUCGGUGGUGUCCGAGACGGCGGCCACCUGCAGCGUCCUGCGGCUGCUGGAGCAGGGCCGGCUGCUCUCCCCGCCCGGCCUGCCGGGCCUCCUGCCGCCCUGCGCCACCGGCGCGCUGGGCUCGGCCCUGCGGGCUCCCAGCCUGGCCAGCGGCGCCGGCGGCGCGGGAUCGGGGCCCGCCGCCGCCUCCCCGCACCCGCCGGCCGUCGGCGGCGCCGCCGGGCCGGCCCACCCCUCCCCGCCCGGGGGGCACAACCUGUUCAGCCUGCCCGUGCCCACCCUGCUGGGCUCGGUGGCCAGCCGCCUCUCCUCCAACCCCUUGGCCAUGGCCGGCUCCCUGGCGGGGAACCUGCACGAACUCUCCGCCCGCUACCUGAGCUCCUCCGCCUUCGAGCCCUACUCCCGGACCGCCAGCAAGGACGGCGCGGCGGCGGAGAAAAAGGCCUUGGACUGA